GUUGAAUAAACAAUGGCUCUUCUCUCGUUAUUCCCACACGUAACAAUCGCACUGAGUUAUCUGUUUAACCACCAUGGGUCCAAAUAACUUUACACCGAAGCAAUGCCCACAAAAAUCCAAGGCUCUUCUCGACAGCCUCCAAGGGGAUCAAACAACGCAAAUCGCCAGACACGCUCUUUCGCUCAUUCCUGCGAUUACAUCUGAGUCCAUCAUCCACGACAAUGCCUGCGGUGCUGGCCCUGUAACGACACUCAUAGCAGAAUCCUCUACGCCAGCCAAACUACAAGCCACGGACAUUGACGAAACCGUUAUUCAGACCGUAGCGGAAAAAGCAAAACAGCAUGGGUGGAAUUUCGUAGAGACUGGUGUGAUGGAUGCGACGGAGCUCCGUUUCCAAGACAACACUUUUACCCACUCCAUCAUGAACUUCGGCAUUCAAGCAGUGCCGCAACCGCAAAAAGUGGCCGCGGAGAUAUAUCGUACCUUGAAGCCAGGGGGCUCGACCGUUUUGACGUCCUGGGCCUCCACGCCACAUUCCUCGUCUAUCGAAGAUGCUAGUAGAGCUACCCGCGACGGUGAAGGCACCGCUCACUCGGCGAGGUUCCCGCCGCAUAUAUAUACGGUUCUCUGUGUCGAAACGCUUCUGAAGGACGCCGGGUUUAAGUCUGUUUACGUGGAACAGUUCCCAGCUUAUUAUCCCACUGGUAAUGUCAAAUCAUGGGCCGAGAGCAUAUGGGGCCUAAUAGGUGAACCUGUGGGAGGUUGGACGCAGAACGACGAGGAGAAGUGGGAUAAUGCCAUCGCUGAGAUGAUGGAAAGUCUGAAGAACAACCCAGACGUUGAAGUCAACCCGAACGGCAGCGGUGUAAUGAAGUACGUGGCGAAUGUGGCUGUUGCAUCUAAGUGA